AUGCCAGUGGGUGACAAUGAGGGGCAAGCCACUGGUCUUGGCCCCUCUGAGACCACUCCUCUCUUGCGCAACACAGCCAGCCAGCAUAUGAGCCACACUGAUAUUCCACAUAGUCAAACAGAUGUUGAAUCGGAUGAAGAAGAGCCUCUUAUCCGUUGUCCUUCCAGCGUGAGCUCUGCGCCCGAAGGCCUCGAAAUUGAGCCAUCUCUAGAAAUUUAUGCAUCCAAGGCUGGUACUCAGGGCGCUCCUGGCGACCAUUCGAGUAUCCCAGGUCAAGAUGAGACAGAUCAUGAUUCAAGAUUCAUUGACAUAUCACCAGCGAGGUUCUGGGCCAUCUUUGGCGGUAUCAUGAUGGGCUACAUGAUCGGUUUCUUCGAUUCCACCCUCAUGGCCUCUAGCCAUCCAGUCAUCACAUCAUAUUUUAACGCAGCCAACUCCGCAUCUUGGCUAUCAACGGCUUUCCUGCUGACCUCCACCGCGUUUAUGCCCCUGUUUGGGCGGGUUUCUGACGCUUUCGGCCGGAAACCUGUCUAUCUCUUCUCGAUCACCAUGUUCUUUGUCACGACCGCAGGCUGUGGCUUGGCACCUAACAUCGCCACUUUUAUUGCUGCCCGCGCACUUUGUGGGCUCGGUGCUGGAGGCAUCUUUUCAAUCGGUCAGAUCAUCUCCAGUGACUUGGUACGUCUCGAGUAUCGCGGGGUCUACCAAUCAUACCUCAACCUGUGUCUUGGCACUGGGAGUAGUCUUGGCCUUGCCUUUGGAGGUUAUCUUUGUGAUCAUAUCGGCUGGCGCGGCGCUUUUCUCAUUCAACUGCCAUUCAUCUUCAUCUACUUGAUUGCAGCUGCGUGGACUGUCCCAGCGGACCUUGGCAUCAAACGAACUGGAAUUGAGCGCAUGAAGGUAUCACAAUUAGUCCGAAGUAUAGAUAUAACGGGAGCAAUCAUUUUGAUCGUAUGUGUGACCUCGCUGAUCAUGGGUCUGAACUUCGGAGGGAAUGUCUAUCCUUGGAGCCAUCCACUCAUUAUUACUUCCCUGGUAACAUCGCUUGCCUUGGCAGUGCUAUUGGUCUUCUACGAGCGACAAGUCCCACGACCUGUGCUGCCAAUCGAGCUCAUGUUGAAAAAUCCCCGGGCCAGCAUCAUCUUCGGCAACUUCUUUGCAUCCAUGUCUGUUCAUACGAUGAUGUUCAACGCUCCGUUGUAUUUCCAAGCCGUGAAGUUGACCAGCCCAACUGCUUCUGGUCUACGCCUUGUUGCCGCCUCUCUUGCCGUCACUAUAUCUAGCGUGAGCACCGGGUUCAUGAUCAAUUGGUCUCGACGUCUCAAACCAUUUGUCAUGGUUGGUAUAUGCCUGAUGGUGACGGGUGGAUGUGCAGCUGCAUCCAUGGGCAUCGACACCUCCCAACCGAUUUCUAUGAUAUGCAUAUCACUCACCAGCUUCGGUCAAGGUUUCUCGUUUCCCUCCCUGAUGGUGUCUAUCCUUGCUACGAGUGAGCAAAGGGAUCAGGCGGUGGCAACCACGACCUUGGGACUGUGGAGAAACUUGGGCGCUGUCAUGGGCGUUGCGGUCAGCAGCUGGAUCUUCCAAAACACCCUCAUCUACGAACUUGACCGGAAGGUCACCGGUAUCGAUAAAAGCCAAGUCAUUGCACUUGUUCGCAAGUCGGUUCAAAGUAUUGCUCACUUAGAUCCACUUCAUCGCCGACAAGUCACUACGUCGUACUCUGCAGCUCUUCGUCUUACCUUUCUGUCGGCGGCCGUCUGGGCUGUCAUUGUGUUGUUAUUACUGUGUCGAGUCCGAUUGCCGCGAUUGGGGAAAAAGGCGUAG